AUGAGUCCUGGAGACAGAUUCCCUGUGAAGACCUUGUCGGCCAACAGCACAAUUUCUCAGCGAAGGCUUAAACAAUGCUCAAUCUACCACUGUGAUACAAUGGACACUGCUAAACUCUGGUUUAUGCUGCUCUGUAUUUGUGGCAGCUGGAUUCUGAGUCUGGCUUAUAUAAACUGUGACUGGACCACUGAGGUUGAAUAUAACAAGAUAUGUUGUAAAGCCUGUCCUCCAGGUUACUUUCCCAAACCAUGCUCAGAGAACAAAAAUGACAGUGUGUGUGAGAAAUGUUCAAAAGCUUCAUCGGAUAUGGAAAAAUGUCUCUGCAAAGAUAAUCACUUAUGUUAUAAUGAUAAUUGUGAUCAAUGUGAGCCCAGGGAAAAAUGCAAACCUGGAUAUCAGCUACAGAGAAAUGGUAACUUUCAUUAUACCUACGUGUGUAAGCCAUGUAAAGAAAACACUUACAAUGAUGUUGAGGACAGCACGUGUAAAUCCAUUACAAAAUGUGUUGAUGGUGAAAUCUUCGCUGGAAACCAGACCCACAAUGCAAGAUGUGGCUCUCCUGGUUUGUACUUUUUCCUGUUGACAUGUUUAACACAUACUGCCAUGGGGCUCAUAUGCCUGUUGACCAUGGAUUUCCAUUCACAUCCCAUAUUUGUGAUUAAAAAUAAAGCAUAUACAAAGUUCACAACAGUUCACCCAGGAAAAGAAGGGACACACAACAAUGGAAAUCAGACUCAUUCUUUCAUGGUGGCCUGUUUAGCAGUCACUGUGUUUACGUGCCUGGUUUUUAUCAUGUAUACUGCUUUUAAAAUUUUCAGAUACAAGAUGCGCACAAAAAUAAGCAAACCACCGUGCACACAUAGGAUGGUAUUGCCCUCAGAUACAUGCAGUUGCAAAUUAUCCAAGGAGGAAGAGGGUGAGAAAAAAGACCUGACAUAUCACUCUGAAGUCCCUUGCAAGCAUGAUGUCCACAGAUUUCCCUAAAGGUUCUCUGUAAAGUGAAGAUCACUGCACAAAGGUGUCAUCAUCUCAGUUUCGAAACUGAUUCAUAUGAGGAGGAAUGAGCAGAAGGUGACAAGUUUAUGUUUGUUCUGAUACAAAAUUUGCUCUCUGAAGUGGAUUUAUGGUAUGCAAGACAUACAACAGGAGUGAUGCUUCCUGUCAACUUUAUAUGUUACUUUUUAGGUGUAAAACCUGUUAAAAGAUUCACAGUUUCUAAAUGAGCAGAGAACAGUUUGCAUUAUGCAAUUAAGCAACAUGUGUAAUUAAACAUUACAAAUGUAACGUUUCACAACAGAAUUACCUGGGGAAAUAGUAAUUUAUAGAAGAAUUACCUCUUAAGUAUUUGACCAAAGAUUAACAGACAUUACAGCAAGCCUUUUUGGUAUUUAAUGCUUCAUAUUUGUCUUUUUUUGUGAUGUUCGUCUGAUUUUUUUCUUUUGUCACAUGAGAACUAUGAGAUGUGGUUUGUCCUCUGUUUGCUUGUAUUUGCCAUUUCUGCUUUCAUUUUAUAGCUAUUUUACAUCUGUUAAGCACAUUUAUUUUUCAUUGUCACUUUCUAUAUAUACAUAUACUUUCUAUAUUCCACUUUCUAAAGUUUACAGGUUCUGUACAUAAUAUAAAAUCUAUA